AUGUCCUCCGCGCUCGCCGAGCCAUCGGGCUCAAAGCCGCCGCUCCUCGCCGCCGCCGACCCAUUCGGCGAGGCGUUGAAAGACUCGCUGGUUGCACACCUUCGGCAGAAGGGCUACACAGUCGACGACAGCGGGACUAGCGCCUACUAUGACGCGGCGGCGGCCGUUGCCAAGCGUGUGCAGGCGGACGACCGUGUGCGCGGCUUGCUCUUCUGUGGCACGGGCAUGGGCGUCGGCAUGAUCGCCAACAAGUUCUCGGGUGUCCGUGCCGCCACCUGCGAAAACGUGCCGGCCGCCCGCUGCAGCCGCGCGAUCAACGACGCGAACGUGCUCUGCCUCGGUGGCAAGGUGACGUCGCCCGCCGACGCCAACGACAUCGCUGACGCGUGGCUGGCGCAGGAGCACGCCAAGGCGCCGGGCGACUAUGAGUGGUGGUCGGCUGACGUCGAGGCCUUCCUCGGCAGCAAGUGGCCUGCGAUACGCAAGGUGGAGGAGGACUCGCGCGAGCACUGA